AUGCCAGCUGAUAUUGAGGUCAGGCCGAUCACUCCCUUGGAAGUUGCUCAAGCGAAACAACAGUACCCACAACUACAGAAUCGCAGUGACGAUGAGGUCCGCCAAAUGCUCUUUAAUCGACGGCAAACCCAGGCACAGCAAGCCGCUGCAGCCAGACAGAAUCUGCAAGGCCAACAGCAACCUGGACAGCAACCUCAGCAACCUCAGCGGCAGGUUCCUCAGCAGCAGAAACCUCAGCCAACAACUCAACCGCAGACUCAGCCCAAUUCUCGACCGCAAAGCCAGACUCAAGACCGUGCGGCACAACAAGGUGGUAAUGACGCCAACAAAGCUGUACAACCGCCACAGCAAAUGCAGGGUCAAAAGUCCAGUAUGCCGACAGUCACUCCGGAACAAUGGGCCAAGAUGACACCACAACAGCAACAGGGCUGGGCGAAAAUGCGGCAGCGUCAUGCUGCGACGGCAAAGAUUCAAGCCUUCUCGCAACAGAUUGCAGAGCGGCUGGGUAGUGAUUCAGCUAAGGCAAUGAUGCAUCGGAUGGACUCAUUCCUGCUGGCUUACCAUGAGAUUCUGGGCAACACCAAUGACGAUGAGCUUAAGAAGGUCGUCAGAAUGCGCACUUUGCUCUUCCGCCAGUACCAUCCAGCGUCGGUCGCAGAUAAAACCUUCGUACCGAACCCUGCGAACUUCAACGUCACGCCUGAGGAAGUCUCAGGAAUGCUCUCGGAGCUACAGAUCAAGUUUGCGCAGACCGCUGCUUCAAUCCCUCGUCCACCAGGUCAACAACAGCCAACUGCUGGCCAGCUCACCUCCGAAAACCUCAAGCAGCUGGAAAACCAAGAGCAGGGACGCAAGCAAUCUGUCGGUGGCACCAAGAACAGAGAUGGUCCCCCACCAGCACCCACAGACGCGCAAGCACCGUUCAGCUUCUCCGGCGAGCGUGGUCACGGCGCACCGAAGUAUGCAGCACCAGGUCUCAAGCAAGAGGAUCUGAAGUUGCCAAUUGACCCCAAGCGGCGCAAGAAGGGCGCCCCAGCAACGCCGGUUUCAGCAACAACGCCAGCACAGACAACUGCCUCGCAGUCUAUGGUACCCCAAGCUGCCCAGCAACAGAAAACUGCCGCUACACAACAGACCACGCCGGCCUCAACUUUCAACUGCUCUUUCAUCACUUGCGAUCGCCACGCCAAGGGAUUCCAGUCCAAAGCCGAACUCGAUCAGCACGUUGCCAUGGUUCACAGCAUGGCGGACGUCAAAGAUCCGCUAGCUUUCCUCGACGAGUCGCUGCAGGAGGCAUUCAAUCUGGAUGCGAACUUCAAGCAGAUCAAGAAGCCGCAAGCACAAUCCAUAGGGCCCGCUAUUGGUGCGCAGCCGAUGAAGCGGUCCGCUUCAGCAUUGCUCAAUGCCAAGAUCGAAUCGCGUCCUGCUACGCCCAGCGCAAUGGCUCGUGUGCCCAGCGCGGCAGGCUCCAUCGGCGAAACUAUCCCUGCAGGCAAGCCCGAAGGCGAGGAAGACCCAUGGCAACACUCCAACAUCCAGCCCGCUCAGAUCAACGACAUCUUCGGCGACGUUGAAUGGGAGUACAUUGUCCCUGCUGCGGAUUCAACGGUGCAUGACAAGUUCAUGGAAGGCGCUGUACCCAAGGAAGGCACAAGUACGCCCGAGGCUGCCGUUGACGGUCAAAUGCAACGCGACAAGAAGAGUGUUUCGCCGCCUACAGACGGCAAGGACGCUUCGCCGAAAGCAGCUGACAGCGACGAAGACUCCUUCCUAGUCGAUCUCAGCGGUGUCCCCGGCCUCGACCUCUCAGACUGGGACGCCCUCAAUGGCCCAUCCGCCGAGCACUCUCUCACAUCUACAUCCAUACUAUCCGACUCCGAUGGUGAUUUCGAAAUGGUCGAUGCUCCAAACACCUCCGCUGCCGCACCUACAGGCAAUAAGCCCACAUCGAUCAUGACAGUACAGUUCAACGACAACGACGCCGCCUUCCUCCGACAACUCGGCAUCGACCCCGACAAACCCUAUGAAGACAUCAAGAAUCAGGACCAGCGCGAGUUCUACGACUUUCUGGCAAAGCCGAUCCGGGAGAAGCGGUUCAUGGAGCAGGCGGUUGAGGAGUUUGAGGUUGAGUUUCGGGAGUGGGAGAUGCUGGAGAAGCAGAAGGGUGGCGAGAAGUAA